AUGAGUUCAUAUUGUACUCCUGGAAUCAGAAUUCAGAACAAUAUUGAUGAUCCAGAGCCACAAACUCAAGAAACUGCAAACAUUUCUAACGCAUUGCCCUCUGAUGUAUCUGUCUUAACUUAUACACAGUCUCCAAGCGGAAGCGGAGGGCAAAAACACAUUAAAAUAACUGAAGCAAUUGUAUAUUUUAUUUGCAAAGACAAUCAACCGUUUUCAGUCGUCGAUGACAUAGGAUUUAAGAAACUGAUGAAAGAAGUUGCACCGCUGUAUAAAGUUCCUACUCGAAACACCAUAAAAGCCCGGGAUCCUACAGAAUUAUGUUCUGCUGCAUUGGGUAUUUUUGAAUUAUCAAAAUCUCAUUCAGCCAAUUAUAUUUCUCAUGAGCUUUUAAAUAUAUUAAAUUUGUGGGAUAUACCCAAAUCUAAGAUUUUGGCUGUAGUAACAGAUAAUAAUUCUACAAUGAUAAAAGCAAUAAAAGAAAAUUUUGGAGAAAAUAAACAUUUACGAUGUUUUGCUCAUUCAAUUAACUUGGUUGCCGAAGGAUCUAUGAAAAAAGUUGAUGGAUUACUUGAUUUGAUUAGUAAAGUAAGAAAUAUUGUAAAAUUUAUAAAAAUAAGUGUGAACUGUUCUGACGAAUUGAGAAAAUUGCAAGAAAAAGAUGGAGAUAAUAUAAAAAAACUUAUUUUAGAUGUCGUUACUAGGUGGAAUUCUGUUUAUUUCAUGUGCAAACGAUUUUUAGAACUAAAAGAAGUAGUGAAUCAAAUUGUAUUAAAACAUAUAAAUGCACCUCCAAUUUGCAUCAAUGAUAAUUUAAGUACAAUGUUACCAACUUCCAGAAUUGGAGUAGAGUUCAAAAAUGCUAUAACUGAUGAGAUGAAAAAGCGGUUUGAAUUUAUUGAAAAAAAUUAUUUACUGUCUGUUUCAACUAUACUUGAUCCAAGAUUCAAAAAUAUACAUUUUAAAGAUGCUCUAACACUUUCAAAACAUUUAAAAUUUAUAAAUAAUUCAAUAAAUAGUAUUAGUUCAACAGUAGAAAAUGAUCAUCUUUCAACUGAUUCUUCUGACUCUACUUCGGAAUAUGGUACUAUAGACUUAUGGGGACAUCAUAAAAAUUUGGCUCAAAAAUCACUUAAAACUUUUGUUGAUAAAACUAAUCAAGGAAAUCAAAGACAUUUAGGCCCUGAAAUCACUAUGUAUUUGUCUACACCAGUAUCUCCAUUAAAAACAGAUCCAUUGAUUACUUGGGAAGAAUUAAAACCAAUGUAUCCAUUAAUUCAUAAAUUAGCUACAAAAUAUUUAUCUGGUGUUAGUACAUCAGUCCCAAGUUAA